GCCAUGGUUGGGUCGCGUUGCAGUUAACCUGACGUGCCUGCUCAACACCAAGCGCGAUUCCACGUGACAUUUACAUCAUAUCACAAUGACUUUGUUGCAAUAUUAGGUAUACUCCAUUUAUUUUUUCUUCGGCUCAUACAGGUUCUCAACUCCAGAUUCCAUCUGCAAGAAGAUCCUCCUGGGGUGCAUGUAUCUCGGCAGGGCUGACAAUGGCCAAGAGCGUGUUCAACUACCAUCUCCGAUCUGGGGUCAAGACUCCAUUCUGACAUGCUUCUCAUCCAAUGACCCAUUCACUGGUUCUGUGCCAGGCUCGGUCGGCUUCACAACCGCCGCGGGUCUACAUUUCCCCGCAUCUGGUCGGUUGAACAGGCAGAAGAUGCCGGUUGAUAUACGAGGAAGAGUCAUACCUACAUAUAUACACCUCAAAAGUUCGACUGUCAGCAAUGAGCAUGUAAGAUCACCUCGCCUUCUUCGUCUCUAACCAUGGCUUAUACACACCAAGACUCGACAUCAACCAACGUCGAUCCCACCACCCUCCCUCCCUUGGAUCUCCCUCAUGGUGUCACCUCUCGCUUCGUCGAUACGACCCCUCACAGCCUCGUCUUCCACAUCCUAGAAUCAGUGCCUCAUAUCCCCUUCUCUUCACACAAGCCAAAACUCAUCCUCCUCGCCCACGGAUUCCCCGAAAUCGCCUACUCAUGGCGCAAGAUCCUACCUCUUCUGUCUGCGCAAGGCUAUCAUGCUGUGGCCUUCGACACCAGAGGCUACGGACGGACCUUCUCUCGCAAACCCCUUGACGCACUGUCGUUCCGACCCCUCAAUCUCAUAAAAGAUACCGUCACCCUGGUCCACGCCUUGGGUUACACGUCUGUGACCAGUAUUGUUGGACAUGACUUUGGAGCCGUGACGGCCAGUCUAUGCGCUCUGGCACGACCUGACCUGUUCCAGUCACUCGUCCUCAUGUCGCACCCGACCAAAGGACCUCGACACAUUCCACUGUCCACAUCGCCAUCCUAUGGAACCGCCGCAUCACCUCCGCCACCGUCCAUCGACAUUCAAAAAGCCCUUGCGGAACUGCCCCGCCCUAGAAAACACUACAAAUGGUACUACUGCACAUCUCCCUCCAACAAUGACAUGACCAAUCCCACCGGUCAGGCUCUGCACACCUUUCUCCGAGGCUACUUUCAUUUGAAAUCCGCCGACUGGGACACAAACGCCCCACACCCUCUCAAGGGAUGGACUGCCGAAGAACUGGCCCUGAUGCCCCGGUAUUACAUCAUGGAUCUUGCCGAUAAUAUGCGCGAAGCCGUCGCUCGUGACAUGAAGGAGGAAAACCCGGAUCAAGUCGCUACCCGUGCCGCUCGUUGGCUCCCUGACCACGAACUCGCGGUCUAUGUCGAUGAAUGGUCUAGGAUUUCGUUCCAGGGCGGCCUGAACUGGUAUCGUGUGCAGACACAGCCAGAGAUUGCCUCUGACGUAGAUGUGUGGGCCUCACGCAAGAUCUCUGUCCCUACUGUAUUCGUUGCGGGCAAGAGCGAUUGGGGCACGUUUCAAGAACCUGGCGCUGUGGAGGCCAUGGAACAAGGGAAAAGUGUCAAGGAAGGUUGCUACCGCGGCACCAUUCUGGUGGAUGGUGCAGGUCACUGGGUCAACCAGGAGCAGCCGGAGAGAUGUGUGGAAGAGAUCAUGAAGAUAGUCCACGAGGUAGAAGACAACGGAAGCAGGGCAAGCUUGUAGAGCGGACAGCCUGCCAUCAGAUAAUGAAUGCAAUGUUAACUUGGG